GGGCAAACUACUUCAAGCAGAAGUACUCUAAGCGGCAAUAAAGCAAGUAGCGUGUACUUGACAAGCACCCAAAAGGGACAUAGAGAGGGAGAGAAGCAGCUGUUGGAGGAGGAGAGUGAGACAAAGAAGGAGCAGGGGGCCGUCCUUACUUGCUCUUGUCAGUGUGAGAAGUGUACGAGGGAGGAGGAACAAGGAGAGGGAGAGCAAGGGCCAGAAGAGGACCGGGAAGCAGCGAGGAGCAUGUUUGCUGUGUGAGGAGAUCAAUAUAAUUCUGCUUUUGCACACACCAGUCGCGGGAAAGUCCCCCUCUCCGGACGCCUCUCCUCUGCUCCCGCGAACGAACGACUUGGGUCGAAGGGACCAUGCAGCGGGGGCGGAUUGUUCCCCGGGUCGCCGCUCUCCUGCUGGGGCUGAUGGGGCUCCUGGUGCGCGGAUCGGACUUGCAGCAUCACCGCUACGAGGACAUGGUGCGAGCGCUGUUUGCAGUGCAGAGCGAGUGUCCGUACGUCACGCGCAUUUACAGCAUCGGGCGCAGCGUGGAAGGUCGCCACCUCUACGUGCUGGAGUUCAGCGACAACCCGGGCAUCCACGAAGCACUGGAGCCGGAGUUCAAGUACGUGGGGAACAUGCACGGCAACGAAGUGCUCGGCCGUGAACUGCUCAUCAAGUUGUGCCAGUUCAUGUGCGAGGAGUAUCGGGCCGGAAACCAGCGGAUCACGAGGCUGAUCCACGACACGCGCAUCCACAUCCUGCCCUCCAUGAACCCGGACGGCUACGAGGUGGCCGCCAAACAGGGUCCAGAAUUCAAUGGCUACCUGGUGGGUCGAGGGAACGCCAAAGAAAUUGAUCUGAACCGGAACUUUCCGGACCUGAACGCACUCAUGUACUACUACGAGAAGACCAACGGGCGAAACCAUCACCUGCCCCUGCCGGACAACUGGGAGCAACAGGUUGAACCAGAGACUUUGGCGGUCAUAAAAUGGAUGCAGAACUACAAUUUUGUCCUGUCAGCCAACCUCCACGGGGGAGCCGUGGUGGCUAACUACCCGUUCGACAAGUCGAGGGACUCUCGCAUCCGGGGGAGGAACACGCACGCGGCCACCGCGGACGACAAGAUCUUCAGAAAGUUGGCGAGGACCUACUCGUACGCCCACAGCUGGAUGCACAAGGGCUGGAACUGCGGGGAUUUCUUCGACGAGGGUAUCACCAACGGGGCCAGCUGGUACUCUCUGUCCAAAGGCAUGCAGGACUUCAACUACUUGUACACCAACUGUUUCGAGAUCACCCUGGAGCUGAGCUGUGAUAAGUUUCCUUCAGCGUCAGCACUGCCCAGGGAAUGGCUGGGCAAUCGAGAAGCACUGGUUUCGUACCUCGAACAGGUGCAUCAUGGGAUAAAAGGGAUGGUGUAUGAUGAAAACAACAACCCAAUAGGCAAGGCUGAAGUCUCGGUGGCCGGCGUGAACCACGAUGUGACCACCGGAGUCGACGGCGACUAUUUCCGACUUCUGUUACCCGGCACCUACGCUGUGACAGCAUCAGCCCCCGGUUACGCCGCCUCCACCAGCACCGUCACCGUGGGACCAGCGGAGGCCAUACAGCUUCAUUUUUACUUGAAAAAGGCACCAAAACAAAACCUGAAGCCGGUGAAGCCGCACAACAGCAAGAGGAACCUCUCAUCUCCCAAGUCCACUUUUAAACUCGGCCCCAGAUGAGGCAUGGACAAUAUGUGUGUAUAUACGUACACUGAAAAUCCCACAUUAAACACAUUAUGAAAAGGAAAAUUUACCAUUAUAUGUGUAUGUAAUUUUACCUUUGUAGACCUUGUAUUUCAAAACUGUUGUGUCUUUGUUUGUUUUUGUGUCUGUAUUAAGGACAUGUUGGUGUAUUUAUGUAACAGUGUCGAUUUGUAUGAACACAGCUAUCCUGUAAUUGUAAAGGGCUUUUUCAUUUUGAUUCCUACAAUUUGAUGUAAAUUGAAAGUGAAAAUAAAAUACUGUUUUUGCUGUAAUUAAAUGACCAUUUUGUAUAUUCCA